AAAGUUGAACGAAGAAGAAACAGCAGCAGUGGCAGGAAAAGGCGACAGAGAAGAAGAAUGACGAGAAUGUUAAACGGAAAAUAGAGGGGACGGAGAACAGUUCAGAGAACGUGAAACUAACGCUUUUACCUCGAAGCAUUGCCAUUUAACACAGCUGCGUCGCAUUGGCCAAACUAUGACUGAGCCCCAGUCAGUGCUGUUACUCAGGAGACAGCUUGCAGAGCUGAACAAAAACCCAGUGGAGGGAUUCUCAGCAGGCCUGAUUGAGGAUAGUGAUCUCUACAGAUGGGAAGUCCUUAUCAUUGGUCCUCCAGAUACACUGUAUGAAGGUGGUGUGUUUAAAGCUCACCUGACAUUUCCCAAAGAUUACCCCCUCAGGCCACCUAAAAUGAAAUUUAUCACAGAUAUUUGGCACCCUAAUGUUGACAAAAAUGGAGAUGUAUGUAUUUCUAUUUUGCACGAACCCGGGGAGGACAAGUACGGCUAUGAGAAACCAGAGGAGCGCUGGCUGCCUAUCCACACAGUGGAAACCAUCAUGAUUAGUGUUAUCUCUAUGCUGGCAGACCCAAAUGGUGACUCACCAGCAAAUGUGGAUGCUGCAAAAGAGUGGAGGGAGGACAGACACGGCGCAUUUAAAAGGAAAGUUGCCCGUUGUGUACGAAAAAGCCAAGAGACUGCGUUCGAGUGAUAUUUCGUGAGGAUCUAGCUUCAAGUUUUCAGGGUCUUAAAUUGAAAAUCAACAUGGCACCGUUUCCUGCACUCUUCCACCCGCCUGGCUUGUCCUCCUUUGUUUUGGCAGGAACAGACUGGCUACUGUAGGCUACAGUAGAACGUAAAGGUGACUACCCAGGCUGACAGAAAACCGCCAAGCAAGUGCCAACUCAAAAAACAAACAAACCCAGAAGAUGAUAAAAACACUUUCAAGUCUAUGAACUGCUCCAACAUUCAGGAAGAUAUUGUAAAGACAUGUAUAUAGCACAGACGAAACCGGAUAAUAUAUAAGCUCCCUUUCCAUCCAUGAAGACAAUUAGACCAAAUGGAUAGCGCUGGUUCUGAUAGAUUUAUUUUUGUCCACUCACCUUCUCUCAACUCCAGCAUGCAUUAGUUCUCUUCAGAUUGUUUUAUCAGGAUGUCUUAAAUCGAGAAUUGUCAUCCCGUUGGAGGACUGUCACAGAGGAAGAGCUUGAGACAUGAAUGACAUGACUGAAGGGUUUUCCCGAAUUAGAAUACAGAGCCGUUCUCGUGAGUUCUUUAACACUCUCAGAACUUAACAACGUACCUGAAUGAUUUAGUUUCUUCUCAUCUGCUCUAAGUCUUACCAUCAUACUCUGUUGACUCGAGGAAGGCGACGUAACCCUUACCUUACAUACCUUUAUGUGCAUGCUAAAUUUUGUUAAUCUUUUUUCAAAAGUGCCUCCAAAUAAAAUGCUUGGCCACUUCACCCUGCAUUGAAAAAUUGUUUGUAAUGUUGAAAAAAGAUGGAGAACUUGUGUACCACCUAUGUAUGAAUUUAAUGAAUUGCCAGUACACAGGAAGUCUGUAUGAUUAAAUACUUGGUAACAAUUUAGUGUAGCAAUAAUUCCCCUUGUUUGAAUUGUACACAUGUAAAUGUUUUCAUAUCCUGAGACAAUUUGAGGUCAUCUCCAAUAUUCUAUUCUUUUAACAGCCUCUCUUUUCCUUGUCUGUGUUGUCCCUUGUAGGAGUUGUUAUGCAUGCUUUAUCUUACUUUUGGGUUUUUGUUUCUGGCUUUUUUUAUGGGAUUAAGUUUGAGUGUUUGUGUAUAUAGUAUGUGUGCCCAUUUUUGUUUUGUCAUGCUCUGUCCUGAUCCUCAUGAUUAUUCUGCUCGCUGAACGAUUUUGGUUUUGCCUAAUGUACAAAGACAAAAUACUGAUGUAUAUUUUUCAUGUUAUGAAACCUGUUACCUGUAGUGAGUUCUUCUAAGAUAUGAAUUUUUUUCAAUAUUUA